GCCCUCGUCUCGUUCGCCCCGCUCUCGCCCCCCAUGCGGAUGUGACAUUUCACGCCGCCGCCAUUUUGAGAGCGAGCCGAGCCGAGCCGAGCUGCCGGGCGCCGCAUCCGCUGCCGGAGCCCCGACGACGACGCCGAGGAGGCGGAGGCCUCAGCGCCCCGAGCGCGGCCGGCCCGUCGCCCGCCCGCGCAGCCUCAGCAGCCGCCAGCACCCGGGCCCGCAGGCUCGCCGCGGCCCGCCGGGCCUCCAGUCUUCCGCGCCCGGCCCGAGGCGGGGCUGACUCCGCGGCCCCCGCCCGGCCGCCCUCCGCCCCCGGCCGGCCCGCGGCCCCGCAACCCCGGCCCCGGCGGCGGGAGGCGGGCCCUGCGGCGGCGGCGGCGGCAGCGGCGGCCGCAGCGAGCGAGGAGGCCGCCCGGCCCGGCCCGCCGGCCGCCCGCCCGCCUCGGCGCCGAGAUUGGGCGAAUCGCGAGCAAGUACGUGCGCGUCUCCCUGCCGCCGCCGCCGCCGCCGCCCGCCGCGGGCCGCCCCGGGGCCGCCGCCGAAGACGCGCGGGAGGAGGAGGAGGAGGCCGCCCCGCCGCCGCCGCCGCCGCCGCCGCCUCGGCUCGCAGCCGCCCGCCCGCCGGGCCCGCAGCCCGGGCCUCCGGCUGCAGGCGAGGUCCAGGCCGCGGCCGACAUGAACCACCAACAGCAGCAGCAGCAGCAGCAGAAAGCGGGCGAGCAGCAGCUGAGCGAACCCGAGGACAUGGAGAUGGAAGCUGGAGAUACAGAUGACCCACCAAGAAUUACUCAGAACCCUGUCAUCAAUGGGAAUGUAGCCCUGAGUGAUGGGCACAGCAAUGCGGAGGAGGACAUGGAGGACGACACCAGUUGGCGCUCCGAGGCAACCUUUCAGUUCACUGUCGAGCGCUUCAGCAGACUGAGUGAGUCGGUCCUUAGCCCUCCGUGUUUUGUGCGAAAUCUGCCAUGGAAGAUUAUGGUGAUGCCACGCUUUUAUCCAGACAGACCACACCAAAAAAGCGUAGGAUUCUUUCUCCAGUGCAAUGCUGAAUCUGACUCCACGUCGUGGUCCUGUCAUGCACAAGCGGUGUUGAAGAUAAUAAAUUACAGGGAUGAUGACAAGUCAUUCAGCCGGCGAAUCAGUCACUUGUUCUUCCACAAGGAGAAUGACUGGGGAUUCUCUAAUUUUAUGGCCUGGAGUGAAGUGACUGAUCCUGAGAAAGGAUUUAUAGACGAUGAUAAAGUCACCUUUGAAGUUUUUGUACAAGCGGAUGCUCCCCAUGGAGUUGCGUGGGACUCAAAGAAGCAUACGGGCUAUGUUGGCUUAAAGAAUCAGGGAGCUACAUGUUACAUGAACAGCUUGCUGCAGACUUUGUUUUUCACAAAUCAACUACGAAAGGCUGUGUACAUGAUGCCAACAGAGGGCGAUGAUUCAUCUAAAAGCGUCCCUUUAGCACUACAGAGAGUGUUCUAUGAAUUACAGCACAGCGAUAAGCCUGUAGGAACAAAAAAGCUCACAAAGUCAUUUGGGUGGGAAACUUUAGAUAGCUUCAUGCAACACGAUGUUCAAGAGCUUUGUCGCGUGUUGCUUGAUAAUGUGGAAAAUAAGAUGAAAGGCACAUGUGUAGAAGGCACCAUUCCAAAAUUAUUCAGAGGCAAAAUGGUGUCUUACAUUCAGUGCAAAGAAGUAGACUACCGUUCUGAUAGGAGAGAAGAUUAUUACGAUAUCCAGCUAAGUAUAAAAGGAAAGAAAAAUAUCUUUGAAUCAUUUGUGGAUUAUGUGGCAGUAGAACAACUAGAUGGUGACAACAAAUACGACGCUGGGGAACACGGCCUGCAGGAAGCAGAGAAAGGUGUGAAAUUCUUAACGUUGCCACCAGUGUUACACCUGCAACUGAUGAGGUUUAUGUACGACCCUCAGACGGACCAGAACAUCAAGAUCAACGAUAGGUUUGAGUUUCCAGAACAAUUACCACUUGAUGAAUUUUUGCAAAAAACAGACCCUAAGGACCCUGCAAAUUAUAUUCUCCACGCAGUCCUGGUUCACAGCGGAGAUAAUCAUGGUGGACAUUAUGUGGUUUACCUAAACCCCAAAGGGGAUGGCAAAUGGUGUAAAUUUGAUGAUGAUGUCGUAUCCAGGUGUACUAAAGAAGAAGCUAUUGAGCACAAUUAUGGGGGUCAUGAUGAUGACCUAUCUGUUCGACACUGCACAAAUGCCUACAUGUUAGUGUACAUCAGGGAAUCUAAGCUAAGUGAAGUGUUACAAGCUGUUACCGACCAUGAUAUUCCUCAGCAGUUGGUGGAACGAUUGCAAGAAGAGAAAAGGAUCGAGGCUCAGAAGCGGAAGGAGCGGCAGGAAGCCCAUCUCUACAUGCAAGUGCAGAUAGUCGCAGAGGACCAGUUUUGUGGCCACCAAGGAAAUGACAUGUACGAUGAGGAGAAAGUAAAGUACACCGUGUUCAAGGUUCUGAAGAACUCCUCCCUGGCAGAGUUUGUUCAGAGCCUCUCCCAGACCAUGGGGUUUCCACAAGAUCAAAUUCGAUUAUGGCCUAUGCAAGCAAGGAGUAAUGGAACAAAGCGGCCAGCAAUGUUAGAUAAUGAAGCCGACGGAAAUAAAACAAUGAUUGAACUGAGUGAUAAUGAAAACCCUUGGACAAUAUUCCUGGAAACAGUUGAUCCUGAGCUGGCUGCUAGUGGAGCAACAUUGCCCAAGUUUGAUAAAGAUCAUGAUGUAAUGUUAUUUUUGAAGAUGUAUGAUCCUAAAACACGGAGCUUGAAUUACUGUGGACAUAUCUACACACCCAUAUCCUGUAAAAUACGUGACUUACUCCCAGUUAUGUGUGACAGAGCAGGAUUUAUCCAGGAUACUAGCCUUAUCCUCUAUGAGGAAGUUAAGCCGAACUUGACAGAGAGAAUUCAGGACUACGAUGUAUCUCUUGAUAAAGCCCUUGAUGAACUGAUGGAUGGUGACAUUAUAGUGUUUCAGAAGGAUGACCCUGAAAACGAUAACAGUGAAUUACCCACUGCAAAAGAAUAUUUCAGAGAUCUCUACCACCGUGUCGACGUCAUCUUCUGUGAUAAAACAAUCCCCAAUGACCCUGGGUUUGUGGUUACGUUAUCAAAUAGGAUGAAUUAUUUUCAGGUUGCAAAGACAGUUGCACAGAGGCUCAACACAGACCCCAUGCUGCUGCAGUUUUUCAAGUCUCAAGGUUAUAGAGAUGGCCCGGGUAAUCCUCUUAGACAUAAUUAUGAAGGUACUUUAAGAGAUCUUCUACAAUUCUUCAAGCCAAGACAACCUAAGAAACUUUACUAUCAGCAGCUUAAAAUGAAGAUCACGGACUUUGAGAACAGAAGGAGCUUUAAGUGUAUAUGGUUAAACAGCCAGUUUAGGGAAGAGGAAAUAACACUAUACCCAGACAAGCAUGGCUGCGUCCGGGACCUGUUAGAAGAAUGUAAAAAGGCCGUGGAGCUCGGGGACAAAGCAUCAGGGCGACUUAGGCUGCUAGAAAUUGUGAGCUACAAAAUUAUCGGUGUCCAUCAAGAGGAUGAGCUGUUAGAGUGUUUAUCCCCUGCAACAAGUCGGACUUUUCGAAUAGAGGAAAUACCUUUGGACCAGGUAGACAUAGAUAAGGAGAACGAGAUGCUAAUCACAGUGGCGCAUUUCCACAAAGAGGUGUUUGGGACUUUUGGAAUUCCGUUUUUGCUGAGAAUACACCAGGGUGAGCAUUUCAGAGAAGUGAUGAAGCGAAUUCAGAGCCUGCUGGAUAUCCAGGAAAAGGAGUUUGAAAAGUUUAAAUUUGCAAUUGUCAUGAUGGGCCGGCACCAGUACAUCAACGAAGAUGAGUAUGAAGUGAAUUUGAAGGACUUUGAGCCACAACCUGGUAACAUGUCUCAUCCUCGGCCUUGGCUAGGGCUCGACCACUUCAACAAAGCCCCAAAGAGGAGUCGCUACACUUACCUUGAAAAGGCAAUUAAAAUCCACAACUGACUUCCUUCCCGUGUCCAAGGCGAGGGACAGCUCGUGGGUGUGUGCCCUUUUUAACAGCCGUAGAACUUUGGUACACGUGCACUCUAGCCGAAGUCUCCAGCAAGAGGAUUUGCUGCUGAUGUUAAUUUUAUUUUGUUGAGGCUGUUCAGUUUGGCUUCUCUGUAUCUAUUGACUGCCCUUUUUGAGCAAAAUGAAGGUGUUUUUAUAAAGCUUGGAUGCCAAUGAGAGUUAUUUUAUGGUAACCACAAUGCAAGGCAACCAUCAGCAUCAUGGGAGAAGAGGUUCCUAGGAUGCAAGUCCCUGGCAGAGGUGUCUGGUUGGCGCAGGCAGCCUGGCCCCCUGCCUGGGUCCUGCACAGCUCUGCAGCUAGAGCUAGGCAGGCCAACUUCUUCCUUCAGUUAGACUGUCAGUGACCUGUGUGCAUCUGUAAAGGCAGACCAGAGAAACAACCCUACUCAAAAGCACUCUCCUUCACUGUGUGCGUUGCUGGCCCUUCCUGGGGUUCCUCUCCUCAGCUGCCUGGGCUCUUUUCAGUAAACGUCUCACUUGUCAGCCAGUACUGUUCGGCAGCCCAUUUGCAAAGUAGGUGCACUGAGACCAGUGCUGACAGCUAGGGGUCUUUUUAUACACUGAGAACAUUGUCCGAUACAAUUAAGGUUUACUCUGUUGCCUCUUGGCAAACGGAAUGAUCUGAACAGGUCAAAGAGUGACUGGGUUUCUGUGAGGACGGAGGCACGGGCGGGCGACAGAGAGCCGUUUAGCAAGAGCGCAUGCUCGCUAGUGGUUAGUAAGCUGUUGACUUUGUAAAAAAGAUAAAAUAAAAAAAAAAAGGAAAAUGAAAUUGUAUAUUUAAUGAAUGAAACCUGUACAAUUUGCCCCUGGGAGGAGGUCAUUUUCUGUUGGGUGAGUGCAGGUGACCUUGGCCGACUUGGACACUCUGUGCGGAGCUUCAUUUGAGCCCUUUCAUUUCCCUUUUUGUUGGAGCUAAUGCCGGCUGCGUGUCUAGUUUUGAGUGCAAAUAGAAUCAGCAAGCCACACUUCUUUUCCCUCCCUCCCCAAUACUUCUGUUUGUUUCUGUAGCAGCAGUGUACACCAACUCUCCUGUAUAUUGCCUUUUUGCUGGAAAAUGUUGUAUGUUGAAUAAAAUUUUCUAUAAAAAUUAUAAUCCA